CGUGGCUCCGGGCGCUGGGCUUUGAGGGAGGAGUUAGGAACUGCGACCCUCGGGAGAAGCAGAUUGACCUCUGAGAGAGUUCUACGGCGCCGCGAUAGCGGCUGUGCUUGGCGUUUGGCCCCUGGGCCAGGCCCUUUCCGUAGGGUUAUUUUCGAGAUGGACUCAACCCUAACAGCAAGUGAAAUCCGGCAGCGUUUUAUAGAUUUCUUCAAGAGAAAUGAACACACCUAUGUUCACUCAUCUGCCACCAUCCCUUUGGAUGAUCCCACUUUGCUCUUUGCCAAUGCAGGCAUGAACCAGUUCAAACCCAUCUUUCUGAAUACUGUUGACCCAUCUCACCCUAUGGCGAAGCUGAGCAGAGCUGCCAAUACCCAGAAAUGCAUCCGGGCUGGGGGCAAACACAAUGACCUGGACGAUGUGGGCAAGGAUGUCUAUCAUCACACCUUCUUUGAGAUGUUGGGCUCCUGGUCUUUUGGAGAUUACUUCAAGGAAUUGGCAUGUAAGAUGGCUCUAGAACUUCUCACCCAAGAGUUUGGCAUUCCAGUUGAAAGACUCUACGUUACUUACUUUGGGGGGGAUGAAGCAGCCAGCUUAGAACCAGACCUGGAGUGCAAACAGAUCUGGCGCAACUUGGGGCUGGAUGACAGCAAAAUCCUCCCAGGCAACAUGAAGGAUAACUUCUGGGAGAUGGGUGACACGGGCCCUUGUGGUCCCUGCAGUGAGAUCCACUAUGACCGGAUUGGUGGUCGGGAUGCGGCGCACCUCGUCAACCAGGAUGACCCCAAUGUGCUAGAGAUCUGGAACCUCGUGUUCAUCCAGUAUAACAGGGAAACCGAUGGCAUUCUGAAACCUCUUCCCAAGAAAAGCAUUGACACAGGGAUGGGCCUGGAGCGACUAGUGUCUGUGCUGCAGAAUAAAAUGUCCAACUAUGACACUGACCUUUUUGUCCCUUACUUUGAAGCCAUUCAGAAGGGCACAGGUGCUCGGCCAUACACUGGGAAGGUUGGUGCUGAUGAUGCUGAUGGGAUCGACAUGGCCUACCGGGUGCUGGCCGACCACGCUCGGACCAUCACCGUGGCCCUGGCUGAUGGUGGCCGACCUGACAACACAGGGCGGGGGUAUGUGUUGAGACGGAUUCUCCGCCGGGCUGUUCGAUACUCCCAUGAGAAACUCAACGCCAGCAGGGGUUUCUUUGCUACAUUAGCAGAUGUUGUUGUGCAGUCCCUGGGAGAUGCAUUUCCUGAGCUAAAGAAGGACCCAGAUAUGGUGAAGGACAUCAUUAAUGAAGAAGAAGUGCAAUUUCUCAAGACGCUCAGCAGAGGGCGUCGCAUCCUGGACAGGAAAAUUCAGAGCCUGGGAGACAGCAAAACCAUUCCCGGGGACACUGCUUGGCUCCUCUAUGACACCUAUGGGUUUCCAGUGGAUCUUACUGGACUGAUUGCUGAAGAGAAGGGCCUGGUGGUAGAUAUGGAUGGCUUUGAAGAGGAGAGGAAGCUGGCUCAGCUGAAAUCACAGGGCAAGGGAGCUGGUGGGGAAGACCUCAUUAUGCUGGACAUUUAUGCUAUUGAAGAGCUCCGGGAAAAGGGUCUGGAGGCAACAGAUGAUUCCCCAAAGUAUAAUUACCAUUCGGACUCCAGUGGGAGCUACGUGUUUGAGAGUGCAGUGGCUACAGUGAUGGCUCUGCGCAGGGACAAGAUGUUUGUGGAGGAAGUGUCCACGGGCCAGGAGUGUGGAGUGGUGCUGGACAAGACCUGUUUCUAUGCCGAGCAAGGAGGGCAGAUCUACGACGAAGGCUACCUGGUGAAGGUCGAUGACAGCAGUGAAGACAAAACUGAGUUUACGGUGAAGAACGCUCAGGUCCGAGGAGGGUAUGUCCUGCACGUAGGAACAAUCUAUGGCAGCCUGAAAGUGGGGGAUCAGGUCCGGCUGUUUAUUGAUGAGCCCCGACGGAGGCCUGUCAUGAGCAACCACACAGCCACCCACAUCCUGAACUUCGCCCUGCGUUCCGUGCUUGGGGAAGCUGACCAGAGAGGCUCCCUGGUUGCUCCUGACCGCCUUCGGUUUGACUUCACCGCCAAGGGAGCCAUGUCCACCCAACAGAUCAAGAAGGCCGAGGAGAUUGCAAACGAGAUGAUUGAAGCAGCCAAGCCCGUCUACACCCAGGAUUGUCCUCUGGCAGCAGCUAAAGCCAUCCAGGGCCUGCGGGCUGUGUUUGAUGAGACCUAUCCUGACCCUGUGCGAGUCGUCUCUAUUGGGGUCCCGGUGUCUGAGCUGUUGGAUGACCCCUCCGGUCCUGCUGGCUCGCUCACUUCUGUUGAGUUCUGUGGGGGAACGCAUCUGCAGAAUUCGAGUCACGCGGGAGCUUUUGUGAUUGUGAGUGAAGAAGCUAUUGCCAAGGGCAUCCGGAGGAUUGUUGCUGUCACAGGUGCCGAAGCCCAGAAGGCGCUCAGGAAAGCAGAGAGCUUGAAGAAAUCUCUCUCUGUCGCGGAGGCCAAAGUGAAGGCCCAGACUGCGCCAAAUAAGGACGUGCAGAGGGAGAUCGCGGACCUCGGUGAGGCUCUGGCCACCGCAGUCAUCCCUCAGUGGCAGAAGGAUGAAUUCCGGGAGAAUCUCAAAUCCCUGAAGAAAAUCAUGGAUGACCUAGACCGGGCUAACAAAGCCGAUGUCCAGAAGCGGGUGCUGGAGAAGACAAAGCAGCUCAUUGACAGCAGCCCCAACCAGCCCCUUGUCAUCCUGGAGAUGGAGAGCGGUGCCUCGGCCAAGGCCCUGAACGAAGCCUUGAAGCUCUUCAAGACGCAUUCCCCUGAGACGUCUGCCAUGCUCUUCACAGUGGAUAAUGAGGCUGGCAAGAUCACAUGCUUGUGUCAAGUCCCCCAGAAUGCAGCCAACCGGGGCCUGAAAGCCAGUGAGUGGGUGCAACAGGUGUCAGGUCUGAUGGAUGGCAAAGGUGGUGGCAAAGAUGUGUCCGCUCAGGCCACAGGCAAGAACGUGGGCUGCCUGCAGGAGGCGCUGCAGCUGGCCGCCACCUUUGCCCAGCUGCACCUGGGAGAUGUGAAGAACUGAGGGGGAAGGGCGGCUACCACGAGGAGGCAUCUCCCCCGCACCCAGAUGGAUCCGUCCAGCCAGGAGCGCUCCAUCCCCCACAAGGACAUUCUAAUCUUGGGACCUUUAAACAGCCCCAUCUGUCCUCCUAACCCAGCAGUAACUGGAACUUAGCCUGGGAGCCAGCCUGUGACUCAAUUCCCAUGUUACGCUUCUGCCCCGAGCACAUCAGCGCCAUCUGUCUAGAACCACUACCCCAGGAUUGUGUCUGUAGAGUUCUCUGCAGACCCAAGGCUCUGGGCCUGCAGGGAGGAAUCGUUUUUGCUGCAGAGAAUAAAAGGACCAUGUGCAAUA